AGGACAGACUCUCAUGACUCAGCCGACGGAAUUCGCAAGCGUGUCUGCAAGGCUUGUGAUCGAUGUCGACUGAAGAAGAGCAAAUGCGACGGAUCGUCACCGUGUAGCAGAUGCAGGGUCGACAACGCCAUCUGUGUCUUCGGUGAACGUAAGAAGAGCCAUGACAAAGUCUACCCUAAAGGCUACGUCGAGAUGCUCGAACAGCAACAGAGUCAACUGGUGUCAGGCCUUCAAGAGAUGUACCGGCGCCUUGUUACAGCACGGGCGUGGUCAGGCGCUCCCCUGUCUGAGUCCAACGGUCACCCCUUGACUCACGAGAUCCUGGCGGCGCUCAAUCUACUGGAGACGAGACAGGAUGGAAGCGGAGAACUUGAGGUCUUCGAGGAGGACUGCCAGAAGCUACAGCGACAGCUUCUCGCGGAUGGCGCUGGCUACGUUCGCAGGAGAGGGUCUUUUAGCUCCGACUCAGAGCACAGUCAACAUGGGCAUUCGCGGCCUGCUUCGAUGCAUCUGCCCAAAGGAUCGAUCUUCCGGGAAAGCUUCGCGUUCAGCAGCAACCCGGCCACACCAAUGUCCCAUAGUCCUGCACCAAAGCCAAAGCAAUCAUUUCCAGUGAUUCAGCAGUCGGCACUC